UUCAAUUCAUAGAUCAAUCCAUCCAAACGGUGCAGCAGUUCAAGUUGACAAGGAAGCGGAGGGUGCUUGGAAGAAGGCGAAGUGGUUGAUCAUCAAAAUGGGGAAUAGGUUUUAAUCUUCGAGUCAAGAGAACUACAAAAAAAAAAUGGCAGCAGAAUCAUCGGAGGGAGAAGAAGAUGCCGGCAAGGUUACCGGAGGAAACCAACUCCUACUCGUUGACGAUGACCUUAGAGAGAUGGGCAAGAAGGCCGCUUGGAGUGUCAGCUCCUUCAAGCCUGGCAAUGGCGUUUCUUCUCUUCGCGACAGCAACCUCGAAACCUAUUGGCAAUCCGACGGUGCUCAGCCUCACUGGGUCAAUAUUCAAUUUCAAAAAAAGGUCAAGCUACAAUUGGUUGUUCUUUAUGUGGAUUUCAAGCUUGACGAGAGUUAUACGCCAAGCAAAAUUUCCAUCCGUGCCGGUGAUGGCUUCCACAACUUGAAGGAGAUAAAAACUGUGGAGCUCAUCAAGCCAACCGGUUGGGUGUAUAUAUCAUUAUCUGGAGCUGAUCCUCGGGAAACUUUUGUCAACACUUUCAUGUUGCAAAUUGCUGUGCUGUCAAACCAUCUCAAUGGAAGGGAUACUCAUGUGCGGCAGAUCAAAGUUUAUGGACCUCGACCGAACCCUUUUCCGCACCAGCCGUUUCAAUUUACUUCUAGAGAGUUCAUCACCUACUCUUCUGUAAGAUGAGAAUCACCAUGAAGGAAUGUGAAAAGCCAACCUUUAAUUAGUCCGCGGUAGAUUGAAGCUGCUGGUCUUCUAUUGAUCAUAUUUUCUGAAAGCCUGAUGCCAGUUAACAAUGUGUCAAAAUCAUAUUUCAUUGUAAUAUUUAUCUCAUAUUUGGAUCAACAGGAAAUGCGGUUACUGCCUUUGUUUCUUGAGGCUGUCUGUAGCUUGUUCAGGUUUUACAAUGCUCUCUAGAAUAUGCGUUCUUCUA